GGCAGGUAGGCAUGGUAGUAGUCCAUCAUAAGAUUGAACUGUACAUAGGGAAUCAAUCCUGAACAAGACCAGAAGCCAUAAGAUAGCUUCUUUCAGAUAGAAUGGUGUAUGAGUUCCAAGGAACAUGGAAAUCCAUUUCUUGUGAAAAUUUUGAAAACUAUAUGAAAGAGUUGGGAAUAGGAAGAGCCAGUAGGAAACUGGGCUGUCUGUCAAAACCCACUGUGACCAUUAGAAUAAAUGGAGAUGUGAUUACCAUAAAAACCAAGAGCAUCUUUAAAAAUAACGAGAUCUCCUUUAAACUUGGUGAAGAGUUUGAAGAAACCACACCAGCUGGCCAUAAAAGCAAGAGCAUCAUAACCUUAGACAAUGACUCCUUGGUUCAAGUUCAGGACUGGGAUGGCAAAGAAGCCACUAUCCGAAGAAAGCUGGUGGAUGGGAAGAUGGUAGUGGGGUUGACAGCAAACAUUGGCAGACAAAUGCGUCAUCAUAAAAGUUGCCAAAUGUGUGUGAACUGAGGAACUAAACAACUAAAGAGAAUAAAUAAUUCUUCAACUCAUGCAUGAACAAAAAUAAGCAUGUGUUUGUCAGCAAAGGUUUCAACAGGGACUGAGGGCUGUUGCCAGUCCUUCACCAUUGACCAGGAUUAACCUCUCACUAUUUCACCAAAUCAGCACCGAACAAAAGCACAAGAAGGAAGUCUGAACUAGGGAUAAGAAAGAGAAAGGCUGUUUUGUUGGUGUGUGGAUGGGUUAACAUAAGUAAGAAAUGACACUGACUUGUUACCACAUUCCCACAUCUUCUUGUGUUACUUACCAAAUCCUCAAUAAUCCUUUGCAGUAAAAUUUA